AGUAUGGCGGCAACAGACCCGGCGGUAGAGUCGGGACUGACAAUCACCAAUGAAGCUCAACAACAAUACCAACAGAAGACAAAUGUGGCACGCACUCGUCAAAAUAAACAUUCAAUGCAACCGGAUUGCAAUCAUGAUCUGAGUGGGCGGCAAGCAAAACGACCUCGCCUCCAAGGUAGUCCGCCCAGCCAUGAUACGCAUACACCUGCUAGAGUCAUGAUAAAAGGCAGACGGUGGACCAANAAAGACCUUCAAUUAAUCAUCUCACGAGUCCUCGAAUCUCCGUUCUUGAGAGCAUCAGUCAUCCAUCACUCUGCCUCCAUCGUCGGCAAUGCUGUCCUAGUGCCUUCGGUACCAGCUUACGUCUUCAAUACUCUUCCAUCGUUGCUUGCGUUGAACCCUACCACCGCCAAGUGGAAGCUUGAUUUUAAAAGUACCAGACCAGGUCGAGGCCGUUUGGCUAUCACAAUGCCUUCUCUCAUCCACGAAGCCUUCGCCCCUUUCAUCAAAGAUAUCGAGACCCAGAUGCUGGCCUCAGAUUUUCUGCCACCGCGAUACAACAAGAGUAAAGCAGUAUGGCAAACAGGCAGUACUGCAAUCAAGACUAGCUCGGAGACUUUGGUUUCUGACGGAAGCAUGUCAUUCUUCAAGCCUGAUAGAAUGUUCCUCGUGCUCGAGGUUGCCCACACGCAGAGGGAACAGAAUGCUCUUCGCAAGGCUCAAAGCUAUAUCCUGGACACGGACCCCAGGAUCAAAGUCGUGGUGGUCGUCGUUGUCAACAAAAAGCCAAUUUUAAAGAGUCAGGUUGCUAUGCCCCACUUUCUCUCUGAAGAUACCGACACCGUUCACGUCCAUGUCUGCAAGCUCGUCAAGACGCCAACCGAUAUUACUGGCGAGUUCGUUGUGAACAGACUAAAGAUCUUUCCCGGCCCUAUACCGGAAAACACCUUCGACAUCACGUGGUCAGACCUCAAUGCAGGCCCUUGGGCAAAAUUUCGGGAUGCCAUGCAUCUACCCCUNGCUACCAUCGAGCCAGUAUGCCAUGUCAAUUUCCGCAGCGUAGCCUUAAUUGCUAGGCGACUUGCAGGUCAGAUCGAUGACUCUCGUGAGACGACACCGUUGUGGGAGUGGAACCCUGCCGAUGCCGAGACCCCUUCGCCUACGAGACAAACCACAAAAUUCAUCGAGAGCCCAAGCCCAGCAGUUCAGCUAUCUAGUGGGAGCUCUGGCCUGAGCAAUGAAGGUCGUCGGGUAGAUCCCGACUAUACGCCUUCCGAGACCUCUUCCUUCGGGUCAGACUGA